GGUUUUCAUUUCAGCGCGGUUCUCCUCUCUGUGGCAAGGGCUGCCUUUUGAAGCAGCACAUUCAUUCUUCCCUUCAAGCACCAUAAGUCUCAUUUGCCAGCUCCAGAACCAUGGCAACAGAAGAAAAGAAGCCAGAUGCAGAAUCCACCAAAACACAAUCUACUCCUUCCUCCUCAACCAAUCAGAGCAAGCCUGCGCCAGUAAAACCAAACUACGCUCUCAAGUUCACAUUAGCGGGACAUACAAAGGCAGUCUCAUCGGUAAAGUUUAGUCCUAAUGGAGAGUGGCUAGCCAGCUCCUCUGCUGACAAACUCAUCAAAAUUUGGGGAGCAUAUGAUGGCAAGUUUGAAAAAACAAUAUCUGGUCAUAAACUGGGUAUCUCUGAUGUUGCUUGGUCAUCAGAUUCCAACCUUCUUGUCUCUGCCUCCGAUGAUAAAACUCUCAAAAUAUGGGAUGUAAGCUCGGGUAAGUGCUUAAAGACAUUGAAAGGGCACAGUAACUACGUUUUCUGCUGCAACUUCAACCCUCAGUCAAACCUCAUCGUUUCUGGAUCAUUUGACGAAAGCGUGAGGAUAUGGGAUGUGAAAACAGGGAAGUGCCUCAAGACGUUGCCUGCUCAUUCUGACCCAGUUUCAGCUGUGCAUUUCAAUCGGGAUGGAUCCCUGAUAGUGUCAAGUAGCUAUGAUGGACUCUGUCGAAUCUGGGAUACAGCAUCAGGCCAGUGUUUGAAAACACUGAUUGAUGAUGAUAACCCUCCUGUGUCUUUUGUGAAAUUCUCCCCCAAUGGCAAAUACAUACUAGCUGCAACUUUGGACAACACUCUCAAACUUUGGGACUACAGCAAAGGAAAGUGCCUGAAGACGUAUACAGGACACAAAAACGAGAAGUACUGCAUAUUUGCAAAUUUCUCCGUUACUGGUGGAAAGUGGAUCGUGUCCGGUUCGGAAGACAACCUGGUUUACAUUUGGAACCUUCAGACAAAAGAGAUUGUACAGAAAUUACAAGGACACACAGAUGUUGUCAUCUCAACAGCUUGUCACCCAACAGAAAACAUCAUUGCAUCAGCGGCGCUAGAAAACGACAAAACAAUUAAACUGUGGAAGAGUGACUGUUAAAACGUUCCAGUAUCCCUUUAGAGACUGUCAGGAAAAAAUGUUUUUAAAAAAAAAAGAAAAUUAAAAAAACCCACAUGAAAAUAAGAAAUGCAGUUUGGCAGGAAACCUGAAGAAUAUUUGAUAACGUGGUUUCUGUUAGUCUUGGCCCAAAGAAAACGUCUUAGCCCUUUGCUAGAACUGGGCAAUGUGGUG